AUGGCUUCAAAGACGUCACCCUCUGGCUGGCCCAAAAGACCAAUACUUGAUUACACGAAAGACAACAGUGGUGCCUUCACCUGCUUGGGAACGAGAUCUCCAGAUGCGCCAGACACCAAACAAUUGCACAUCCGCAUCACUUGA